GUACGGUCAACAACAUACAUGUAACUGUGCAUUUUCUUUGUAACGAAAAAAUACAUAGAAAUAAGAAACACUGAAUUAAAUUAAAUUAAUUAAAUCCUUACCAACAUAAAAACCAUUCAUUAUUACUAAAUUAGGCUAAAAUAGAAGGCUCAGAGUGAUACUAAAUGAAGAGUGCCGUAAGAGCCGGCUCUUCAAAGGGAGCCGAGCCAAAAGAACCGACUCUUUAAAAAGAGCCGGACAUCCUAUUGCUAGUAACGAUGCUUCGACCACUUCUUUUCUUUUCCAUGGCUGUUGUCUCACCAAUUUAUUGUGCUUUACCACCACCUACUGAUCUGGUGGAUUUACAAAUUGAACUGAUGAAACUAGUUGAAAUAGAUGAGAAGCUACACAAUCCACGGCUAAUGAACAUCGUGUCUCAUUUUAAAUAGGACAUUGAUGACCUUUGAACUUUCUAUGAGACAUACACAACACUAAGGUUUUUUCUUUAUACACCAAUCAGCCAUAACACAUUAUGACCACCUGCCUAAUAUUGUGUUGGUCCCCCUUUUGCGGCCAAAACAGCCCUGACCCGUCGAGGCAUGAACACCACUAGAUCCCUGAAGGUGUGCUGUGGGAUGUUAGCAGCAGAUCCUUUAAGUCCUCUAAGUUGCGAGGUGAGGCCUCCAUGGAUCGGACUUGCUUGUCCAGCACAUACCACAGAUGCUGGAUUGGAUUGAGAUUUGUGGAAUUUGGAGGUCAAUUCAACACCUCAUACUGGUUGUUGUGCUCAUUAAACCAUUCCUGAAUCAUUUCUGCUUUGUGGCACGGUGCAUUAUCCUGCUGAAAGAGACCACAGCCAUCUACAUAGUAGGUGUCCAUGGUCUGUAAAAAUGCUGAGAUAUGUGUAAUGUGUCAAAAUAACAUCCACGUGGAUGGCAGAACUCAAGGUUUCCCAGCAGAACAUUGCCCAGCAUGACACUGCCUACACACCGGCUUGCCUUCUUCCCAUAGUGCAUCCUGGUGCCAUGUGUUCCCCAGGUAAGCAAUGCACACUCACUCAGCCAUCCACAUGAUGUAAAAGAAAACGUGAUUCAUCAGACCAGGCCGCCUUCUUCCAUUGCUCCGUGGUCCAGUUCUGAUGCUCACCUGCCCAUUGUUGGCGCUUGAUAAAUAGUGCACUUGUGAAAAGAAAUAUGGAUCACACAAUCUGUGCUUUACUUAAAUUCUCCCAUCAUCUGUCCAUCCUCAAGUAUCACAAAGAAGCACUUCGAAACUUUGUCAGAGAGUAUGCUAGCUAAAUGAGCAGUGUGGAAACCUUCUAUAUCCUUUUGGUUCAGAGUCUAAUCACUAUUUAAGAGAUCUUUUUAUUCUGGUUCUUUCUUUCCUGUACUAAGAGGGGGGAAUGUCAUAGGAAAUUGGUUUUGGAACUUUAGCACUUCAGAAUGUAAAGUGUCUUAUUAAACUGGCUAAAUUUAAAAUCCACAUGAGAGCGUUUAGGGAUCGUUGACACAGAGCUGGCACUUGCAUGGCCAAUCUGGUGAGCUGAUAAUUCAUAGAGGAGGGAGACUGGACACACACACACGCUGUGAUCUGUAUGUGACCGUCACCAUGGAGACCUGCUAUCAAGGCCACAGUUUCAACAGGCUGCUUGAAGAAUAAACAGUGCACAGAGACAUAAGUGCUGAUUGAUAGAGAGAGAGGAAAAGAGAAGACCAGGAAGGCAGCUGCAUGCAGGAUUAAAACGGUCAUUUAUGAAGAUGGCCAGCUGGUUCAGUGAUGACAGGUUCAUGGCAGACAAAAAUGACUGGGAAUGGGACUGUGGUUUGGGAUCUCAGGAACUCAGGAACUCGUUCAGAUCUUCAAACCCUAUCUUGUCUGAGUUUGACUUGUGGGAAAAGUCUCUCUUUAAAUCUCGGUCCUCAGCUCUGAGUUGUGUGGGUGUGUCUCGAUCUGUUCACAGCUCCAAAACCAGCACCAGCUCCAUUGGCGGUCAGUGUGGGAUGAAACACAGCGAAUCAGCUGCCAGGCAAAGAUGGCAGUCUGCCUCACGUCUUGCGCCAGACGGAGCCCCCAGGUCCCACUCUGAGUUUGAGCUGCGAAGUGCGCUGGAGGAGAGCAGCAUGAGGAGAACGGAGCUAAUCCAGAGGCUUCGGGAGGCUCACGGUCGUCUGGACACACAAACAGACCUGCUGAAAGCCAAGGAGAGCCAGCUUCAGCACAGCCAGAGCACUACCCAACUUCUGGAGCGCAAGCAAAAGCAGCUGGCAAAGGCACUGACUGUUGUUGAGGAGCAAAAAGAAGCAGCUGAGCUAAGCCGCUUUGAGGAGAGCUGUCGCAGCGCAGACCUGCAAGACAAGGUGCUGCAGCUGGAGAUGGAUGUUAUGAAGAUGAAAUCUAACCUGGAGAGCAGGAGCACUGCACAAAUAUCAGCUUCACAUUCAAAGCCACACCUGGGCAGGACCAUGCCUGUAACAAAAGAUGAAUUUGUCAGAGAGGGACAGAAAAAGGCAGAGAGGGGAAUGCAGAAGCUUGAAGAAUCCCUCAGGGAAGCAGAGGAGAAAGCCGUGACGACAGCAGCAGAAAAAGACCAUGCAUUAAAACAACUCCAAUCCUGUAAAGAGGAUCAGCAGAAGGUAUUAAGGCAGAUGGAGGAGCUGAAGCAGCAGUUUAGCGCAUCCUUGGCGGCUCAGAAUGAGAUGCAGGACCGGCUCAGCGAGACCCGAAGUCGCCUCGGCCAACUGGAUCUGGAGAAUGAACUUCUCACCACAAAAACAUUGCGUUUGGAAGACAACAUAGAGGACCUGAAAUCAAAGCUGUCCACCGCUUUAUCUGAUAAAGAUCGCCUGGUUCAGGAGAAAGCUGAACUAUACCAAAGAGUGCAAAUCUUAGAACUAGAGCUACAAAGAUCCCAGCUGGGUAGAGAGGGUUUUACUCAGCAGGUGUGUGAUCUCCACUCCGAGCUAACUCAAGCCAAGAGCCAGGCCAACCAACAACAGCAGAAUAUCUUACUAAUGAAAGAGGAAUUGCACUCAGCCAAAGAGGUGAAUGAGAAACUCUCAGCAGACCUGUCCACAGCCACAGAGAGGGUUCAGGAGACAUUGCAGAAGCUACAUGAACUGGAAGCAGAGAAGCUGAUUCAAAGUAGUCAGAUAGCUGCGCUGGAGACUGAGCGCUUGCAGCUGAUUGGAGAGAAGGAGGAGCUGAUGGAUGUGUUUGACCAGGGAGAUCAGAAAGAGUUAAGAGAUCUGAAGGAGAGAUGCUGCCAGCUCAGAGAAUUACAGGAAAUGUUGGAGUAUGAGAAGAAGGAGCUUGAGGCACACUGCCAGGGCCUGGAAAAGAAAGUAGAGAAUGUUGAGGCAGAAUAUGAGCUUAAGCAGCAAGAGCUGAAGCUCAUGGAAGAGAAGAUGGAGCAAGAGAAGGAGGAGCUGAAGAGAGUGGCAGCUCACUGGAAUGAGCGAUGGCUGGAUGCUGCGAUGGCACUGCAGUCUACUCAAGCCCAACUAGAAGAGUCCAAAAACCAACAAGACUGUGAUGCUCUGAAGGAAGAAGCAGCAGAAAUGAAGAUCAGGCUGAAGACGAUUGAGACAGAGAUGAAGGACAGGCAGAAUCAGAUCCAGAGUUUGCUAGAAGAGAAGACACACCAUGAGAAAGAGUUGGCCAGAGUUAAGAAAGAAGCUGGUGCUUUGGAGCGAGUUGAGCUUGAUGCCUGCAGACAACAGCUGGAACUGGAGAAGAACAGAAGCCAGACUCUGCAGCAGAGGCUGAUGGGAAACCCUGUGUCUCUGGAGGAGAUGGAUGGAGAGCUGGUGCAGCUGAAGGCUGAGUUGCAGAAGGUGUGGGACAUGCUGAAGAUUCGUGACACUGAGCUGGAGGAGCAGCAGCAUGAGCUGCAGUCUGCCCGUGGCCAGGUGACUCAGCAGAACAACGAGGUACAGAGACUGGAGCAACAACUGGCUAAGCGAGAUCAGGAAUUGGAACAAAGAGCUCUUUUCCUGAAGGAUUUGAUGAGACAAAGAGACACAGAGAAAACUGAGGUCCAAAUCAAGAUAUCUGCUCUUGAAAAUGAGCUUGCUGGACUAAAAGAUCAGAAGAUCAUCCAGAAGCCAGAAACUCAACAAGACUCCCAGCCCAUAGACUCUCUAAUGGAAGAGAGCAGUAGGACCACCGAGCAGGAUCUGCAGAAAUCGUGUAGUGUCAGUCCUCCCCAACCGGGGAAAGCAGAGAAGCGAUCACCAUUAGCAGAGAAAAAGGAGGCAGGCAUAGAUCCUGACCAACAGAGGAGGCUAAUCACUGAGCAGCUGAAAAGUCUGUUUAAAGGGAGGGAACAGAUGAGCGAUGUGGUGUCACCAAUGAUCCAGAGAAAUGCUGGCUCAAAGUCCCCUAAUGUUAUCAAGGGUCAGCCAUGAUACAGCACCCCUGGAGCAGAAAGGGUUAAGGGCCUUGCUCAAGGGCCCAACAGUGGCAGCGCUAGGGCUUGAACCCCAAUCCUCCAUUUAACAAGCCAGAGCCUUAAUUGCUUGAUUUUUGUAACUUUCAAGCAACUUAUGGAAAUCUUGAUGCUCUUUCUCUCGUCAAGUUUGUGAACUGCCUCAGAACUGAGCUCAAAUGCAUACGUUUGUAAUUCUUCUUGCACCAUACAGGAAGACUGAAAUGAUCUGAGUUACCUUUAACAGUUUAGCUACAAAUAAAUAGCAUGUUGGAGCUUUGUGCUUAUACUGAGAUGAUUUGUGAUUAGUUAUUAUUUAGUAAAACUGUCAGGACAAGCUCCAAAACCUAAGCCUUGCUGAUAUACCGUGACAUUUGAUGUGAUCCAGAGCGUUCACAACAUUCUUCAGUGCUCUGUAAGUAAAAUGAGUCCACAGAAAUGACUUAUCUAUCGACAAUUGUAGUGUCGAAAAAUGUUAAAGAAUCGCUCCCUACUGAACCCCACAUCUCAUCUGAACCUCUCCUUUAUCUUCAUAAUCCUUCAUCACACAAGCAUCUUUAUUACGAGACCAGCUGUAGAUAAGCUUGAUUCAGUUUGACAUUUGUUCAUGCAAGACGUCAAUAUUAGAUAUAAUAACUAUGAUAAUGAUGGGUUGUGGUUUCCACCACAACAGAAAACAGCAGACAGACCCUGUGAUUCCCAGACCCUGUAAACAAGUUAACAGAAUAAAGGUCACUGUCGUUCUAGUAAAUUAUUUUUUGUCCCAUUUGCUUCAAGUAUUUUAAUAGGACACUUAAAAAAAAAAAAAAUUCAUGCACAGAUCAAACCUCUGACAUUUUGUUCCAGUCUUUAACAAGACUCUUUACUAGCUCCGUGUAAGCUGUCUGCCAUGUUCUGUUUAAUUCCUGAGAUCCCUUUUACGAGAAAGCAAUCUAUUUUAUAUAACUGUAAAAAAAAAAAAAAAAAAAAAAUCAUUUACUCCAAAAUCCACAUACCACAUUUCAAAAGUUUUGGGACGUCUGCCUUUACAUGUACAUGAAUGUAAUAUGGAGUUGUCCCACCCUUUGCAGCUAGAACAGCUUCAACUCUUCUGGGAAGGCUUUCCACAAGGUUUAGGAGUGUGUUUAUGGAAAUUUUUUACCGUUCCUCAGGCACUGAUGUUGGACAAGAAGGCCUGGCUUGCUCUAAUUCAUCCCAAAGGUGUUCUAUCGGGUUGAGGUCAGGACUCUGUGAGGGCCAGUCAAGUUCCUCCACACCAAACUUGCUCAUCCAUGUCUUUAUGGACCUUGCUUUGUGCACUGGUGUGCAGUCAUGUUGGAACAGGAAGGGGUCAUCCCCAAACUGUUCCCACAAAGCUGGAAGCAUGAAAUUGUCCAAAAUGUCUCGGUAUGCUGAAGCAUGGAGUUCCUUUUACUGGAACUAAGGGGCCGAGCCCAACCCCUGAAUUGAAUGAUUUGGAGGGGUGUCCCAAAACGUUUGGCAAUACAGUGUAUAUUCAACCAGAGUAGGACUACAAACGCUGAAGGAAACCACAAGAUAGGCUGUGCAUGACAUGUUGCAUUAAAUCAG